CACAAAGUUAUUAAAAUUAUACAUAAAAAUCUGGGUAUGUGUGUGCGCGGUUUAUUUUUUUUUUGCAUUCAAUGCUAACUAGCGAGACAGAAAGUAAACCGAACCUAAAUACUGAACACUUUAAAGGCUUUAGUUGAAGUCCAGAGUAUAACAACAGAAGAAACAGCAACAGCACAACAGAGCACAACAGAGCACAAUAGAGCAAUAGCAGCAGCAGCAGCAGCAGCAGCAGCAGCAGCAUCAAUAACAAGAUUAAGUUUUAUAGAAAUGGCACAACAGCCUCCUGGCGUACUUAUCGCUAAAGCGAAUUUAACAUCCGCGAAUGAAAGACGCGUCGCCACCGCCACCGGCACAGCCACGAAAAGCAUAAUGCAUUGUUUACGCGAUCGCACACCGAGCUAUAAACGUUCAAAUAGUCAGAUAAAUAUAGCACGUGACGGUGGACAAAAAUUUGGACAAUUAUCGAAAGAGUCUCAUCGUACCGUGCAACCGUGUAAAUUGACUUUAUUGAAAAGUUGCAGCAAUCGUGAUUUAACUCAGUUAAAGGAAUUAAAAACUACGCGAACAUCUCCAUUGACAACAAUAAACAACAAUAAUAAAAUGACUGCAACAGCAACGGUAUUAUUGUCGCCAUCAUCAUCAUCAUCGUCAUCAUCAUCAACAUCAACCUCGAUGUCAUCAGCCAUACAUUCUACCACGAUGAAUGGCCAUUGUUCGGCUAUGAAUUGCCAGCAACGUAUAUCGAGUCUGGAGCAAAGAAUCACAAGAUUGGAAACACAAUUCAACGGUCAAUGUUUAUUAAAUAAAACAAUGGCCAAUCAGUUAGAUGAAUUGAAUAAACGUUACGCUGAAUUAAACGAUCAGAAUUUGCUUAAUAAACGUAAAAAAUCGGCAAGUUUAAGGCAUAAUAGCAGCAAAAAGGAAACGGAUCGAUCGAUUCACGGAACCGUGCAACCUUCGAAAUUUGUUGCUUGGAUGAAACUAUCGAAUUUCUGGAAACAGCGACCCAGCAUACAAACGCUUAAAGAACAAAAUAUUUAUAACGAUGAACCUUGCUUUGAUACGGAAAUUGAAAUGGUUCUCAAAGAUGAUGUACAUAAGACGGUACCAAAAAUUGUUAUAGAUUGUUGCCAAUUAAUUGAAGAGAAAUAUCGAAAAUCUUCGGAGCCCGUUGAAGGCAUUUAUCGUCAAUGCGGUGAUUAUAAUAAAAUUCAAGCGUUACGUUUUAGCAUCGACGCAAACAAUUAUGAAUCAUUACGUCAAUCAAAUAUUGAUAUACAUACAUUAACAGGAGUAUUAAAAUUAUUUCUACGUGAAAUUAAAAGUCCUCUGAUAUCGGUGAAUGAAGCUAAAACAUUUAUUGGUAAACCGAAUCAAUGGUUAUUAACUGAAUUGCCUGCUAAGUUGGAUAUAUUAAAAAGACUGAUACGUUCAUUGCCGGAAGUGAAUCGUGAUACGAUGGAAUAUUUAUUUUCACAUUAUAAUAAAUUAACUAAAGUGCCUUUACAGCAAAUAAGUGCCGAUUCCUUGUCGCUUUCUGUAACACCAUCCAUUUUUCAUACGGUACAACAAGACGCCCACAUACAAGAUAUACAUCUUUUACUCAAAGAGAGUGAAAUUUUAGCAGAUUGCGUUAAAAUAAUGAUUGAAUAUCACAGCAAAAUAUUCGAAGAAAGCAAAUAAUUUUAACAUAUGUUCUUCCAAUCAUCCCCCCAUCCAACGAACAAUUAUUAAUAUAACCCAAAACAAAACCACAUAUACUUUCUUAGAGUAUUCCAGUGCCAGUAGUCAGUUUAGCCAGCCCAGUCAGUUACAUUAAUCAUCUUAAAGAAUGGCAGUGAACGUAUAUUCGACGAAUGUAACAACUGAAAAUUUAUCCAGACAUGAUAUGCUUGCUUGGGUUAAUGAUUGUUUGCAAGCGCAAUUUGCUAAAAUCGAACAGCUCUGCACAGGAGCUGCUUAUUGUCACGAUAUUGUGGUGAGCAUUCAGAUAAAUUAAUAGAGAUUAUGCAAAUCCAGUGCGAGGAAUUCUUUCAAUGUUACCAUAUCGCUUGUUUGGAAGAAAUGUUAUUAUUUCUAGACAAUAAAUUGUGGACUGUUGUAGAUUCAUUUGAAAAUAUAUUGCAAUUGACGGAAUUUCGUUCGGUCCGUUAUACCUUGCGGAUGCAUAAAUCGCCGCCAGUUGUUCUGUUAAUUAAUUCACCAACAGUGGAAAUAUGCUGUGCACUUCCUCUUAUCAAAAUUUUCUUCUCCAUUAUGUUGUUCAGAGCACAGAUGCUUAAUCGCUUGCGAAGAUGAAAAGAUCCGAAAUGCCUGUACGUCCGCAACAUCUUCAGCUCCCUUCCGCGAUUAAUUUAGAUUUGCAUCCGGACCGCACAAUAUCAGAGUUUAUGGAUGGAAAGAUAGCAAACAAUGAAAAUUCCGAUCCUUUCCUUCUUUCCUCCUUUUUUUAUUUUGAUUUAUUUUUCUUCUUUUUUUUUCAUAUAAAAUACGUUUUUCAAAAGAAUAUAAUCGUAGCAAAUAUAUUUGGAGUACGUGGAGGCAGUGUUGUCAUCUGUCCUGACCUUUUCUCUUCACCGCAACUUGCAUUCCGAUUGAUUUGUUCAUUAAUCAAAGCGCAACUGCCUUAAAUGCUCGCCCAAUACAUCCAUGUUGUUGUUGUUGUUGUUGUUAUAAAAAACGACCGAAAGAAAAAUAUAUCAAACAGCGAAAUUGUUAGACAGGAAAAAUUCCGUACAAUACAUUCUUACGAGUGUGAAGUUAUCAUUUCACAGAAACUAAUACAGCAACAACAACAACAACAAAAACUCAACUAAUGCCUUCUGUCAAACCGCACUCUGGCAUUGAACUUGACGUCGUUGUUAAUGAUGAUGACGAUAAUGAUAAUAACGAUGAUAUUAUUAGAAAUGAACAAUCGACAUGUGUGCUCCUCUCUAUU